UCCCUUCUUCCACCUGCUAGUCUUGGUGAACUGGCUUGCCAGGCUGUUUCCUUGGCAUGCUUGCACUUGCCAUGGAUGUUCUCCAUGUACUUGAUCUGUCAGCAACAUUCCACACUACGACACACUCCCUCCAUUUUGAAGCACCUUCUUUCCUUGAAUUCCAUGACAUCAUUCCUUCUGGACUUCCCUCUUACCUGUCUGGUAUUUCCUUCAUUUUUUUUUUUUGCUGGCCACUCCUUUGUGUGCCAGGCUUUCUUGGGGCUCAGUCUUAGGUUCUGUUUUCCCUUGUAAACCUACUAAAUUUACUGAAUACUUACUGAUGGUUUACUAUAGGAAUUUUUAUAUUUAGCAUAUAAGUAUAUAUGAUCUUAGUAUAUAUGAUCAUUUACAGUAUAGCUAAGGUAUAUUUUUCUCAUAGCAGUUUGGUUACCAUAAUAGAGUAAGGAUAUCUAUCUAUAAUUGCAACCCAUGAGAAUUUCCAUAACAUGCCAAAAGCAUUGAUUUUUAGACAGUGUACUGUAUCCCCCAUGUGUGCUUUCUUUGUUUGAGGGAGUGCUAUUCUCCAGUGUUGCUCUGGUCCCUCAUUCUGCUGUUGCAUUAAAUGAUUAGGUUUUAGCAACCCCCCAAAAGGAUAUCCUUGCAGUUCAUUGAGUAGCAUUUGAUGUUGUCUAACACCUUACUAAAUUAAAUGGAAUACCUAGGUAGAAAUUCGGGCAAGCUGUGAUUUUUUUAUUUAGAGGAACAUUUUUCUUCAGGAAAGAAAUUGGAAUUGGUAGAUGAGACUCUCUGUGUGUUUAUUAUAUCCCAGGUCCCUGCCAGGAAAUUAUUCUGAAGAAAGUAAAAAAUAUUUUUAAAGGGAAGAACUAUUGAGUAAUGAAGAUGUCAACUUUUCAGUGAUGAAUGAUGUGCCAAGGGCUUAUUGGAAUUGCUUGACCUGAAUAGCUCACUCUUCUUGCCAUUUCCUGGCGUUCCAUUUAUAAUACUCAAGAACUCAAUCUUUGAUAGUGAUAAAGGGUUAAUGCAUGAGUCUGAUGAGGUGCUACAUCAAUACUGAAGAAGUGGCACAUGAAGAAGUAAUAAUGACAUUGCUAGAAAUGAAUAGAAAGCGAUAGCAUGGAGGAAGAAAUUUAGCCCUUGAUAUAUUUAAUCCUUAAAAUGAGAUUGACAUAGUAAUUGAGCAUAAGCAAGAUAUUUUCAUUUGCAUUUUAUUGUUUCUAAUCUUCUGUGGAACAGAAGAAAUUGAGAACUGUCCCUUUAAUAAAACCCUGUUUACCUAUCCUCUUCUAGUAGGAGUGGCUUAGGAACCUGUAGAGUGAGGUGUAACUACCAAUUCUGCAUUCUGACCUGCAACCUUGGAAAGAGUGCUGAUACUACAAACCAGGAAGUGACAAAUAAUGUGCUUUGAACUCUGUAGGACUUGUCUUUCAUAAGGAAAAGCCUCUCAUAACAAAAAGAGAAGAUUGAAACAGUGAUUUUAUGUAGUUGUCAUUAAAUAUUGGGAACUCUGCUGCAGAUAAAGACUUUGCAGAAUACUUAGAAUACAAAGCUUUCUGGGCCAGAAAUUGAUCUUCUGACUUUUGAGUCGUAUCUGAUUGCUGCUUGGUUCAUCUUUAUUUUGUUAAAGUACCCUGCAGGCUGAACCAGGACUCUUCAUUGUUUGCAGAGCUUGACCAGACAGGAAUUCUGGCAGCUGCUCCAGCAGAACUAUGGUAAUGAGCUAGGCUUAAAUGCUGAAGAGAUGGAAAACUUGUCUUUGUCAAUCGAGGAUACUGUACAGCCAAGAAGUCCAGGAAGAAGCAGCUUGGAUGAUUGUGGGGCGAGAGAUGAAAAAUUUUCCAAGUCCAUCAGUUUUACACGAGAAUCAGUUAAUCGUGUUUCAGAGACAGAGUCAAUUGAUGGAAAUUCACCGAAAGGGGGGUUAGGGAAAGAGGAACCCCCAAGUGAGAAACAGAUCAAAAAGAGUCCUUUACUAACUUCCGAGAAGAGGUUAAGUAGAGUGCCAUCAAAAUCACUGGACUUGAAUAAAAAUGAAUAUCUUUCUCUGGACAAAAGCAGCACUUCAGAUUCUGUUGAUGAAGAAAAUAUGCCUGAGAAAGAUCUUCAUGGAAGACUUUAUAUCAACCGUGUUUUUCAUAUCAGUGCUGAGAGAAUGUUUGAAUUGCUCUUCACCAGUUCACGCUUCAUGCAGAGAUUUGCCAAUUCUAGAAAUAUAAUAGAUGUAGUGUCCACCCCUUGGAAAGUAGAACCUGGAGGUGAUCAACUGAGAACCAUGACCUACACUAUAAUCCUUAAUAAUCCACUUACUGGAAAGUGCACCACUGCCACUGAAAAGCAGACACUGUAUAAAGAAAGUCGGGAAGCACAAUUUUAUUUGGUAGAUUCAGAAGUACUGACACAUGAUGUUCCCUACCAUGAUUACUUCUAUACCCUGAACAGAUACCAUAUCAUCCGAUCCUCAAAACAGAAAUGCCGGCUGAGAGUUUCUACAGAUGUGAAGUACAGAAAACAACCAUGGGCCAUUAUCAAAUCUCUAAUUGAAAAGAAUUCCUGGAGUUCAUUGGAGGACUAUUUCAGACAGCUUGAAUCAAACUUAUUAAUGGAAGAAUCUGUGUUAAAUCAGUCCGUUGAAGACGCUGGAAAACUUAGUGGCUUACGAAGGAGAAGGCGAACAUUCAACCGAACAGCAGAAACAGUUCCUAAACUUUCUUCUCAGCGCUCUUCUGGAGAUGUGGGCUUGGAUGCCAAAGGGGAUAUUUCAGGAAAGAAAAAGGAAAUGGAAAUCUGUAAUACUGCUCUUAUUGUGGUGAUGAGUAUUUUUUUGCUGUUGCUAGUUCUGUUGAAUGUGACGCUGUUUCUGAAGCUGUCAAGGAUAGAAUCUGCUGCUCAGUCCCUUUACCGUCUCCACCUCCAAGAAGAGAAAUCUCUGCAUUUAGCCUCCGGUAUGCUGUCAAGAGCAGAAAGUAUUGAGAAGAACAAAGACCAGGCCCAUCAUUUAAAAGGAGUGCUCCGAGACUCUAUCGUGAUGCUCGAACAGUUAAAGAGCUCACUUGUUAUGCUUCAGAGAACUUUUGAUCUACUAAAUAAAAACAAGACUGGCAUGACUGUCAAAAGCUAGUGAUCUCAAGGCCUGAAACUGUAGAGAUACUUGGAACUAAAAGAAAACGUCUUAAAGAAAACCAGAGGAUGAAGGAUUUUAAUUGUCACAGGAACAUUUCCAUAUUUUCUCAUUAUUGAUACUUUUAAUAUGAACAAUCUUUUUAAUAACAUUAAUGUGAUGACUAGUCUCUGAUGGCCUUAAUGAUCCAUUCUUUCACUUCUUACACGUAAUUCUAAGCAGUGGAUUUCUCCAGUGGAAGUAUUCUCCAGUGGAUAUUUCAGGUGAAAUACGUUGUGGACUUGAAUUUCUACAAUACAAAAAGAAAAUGAGACACUCCGAACUGAGUAGUAUGGCCUUGUUUUUACAGUGAGAUUUGAAGUUUGAUGCUUUAUCUGUUAGCACAGAAUCAGUACGUGUUCGACAGGCUGCUUUCCCAGUUGAGAUACACUGAGGAUGCUAAAGAAAAUUUAAGAAUAAACCUCUGUAUCAUUAUGAAUUGUGAAGGACCAGGUUUCAGGCAUGUAUUAUAACAUUUCUAAGUUUGUGUACUGUAAAUAUUACAGUGUCUUCAUUUUUUCUUUAGCAUGGGAAUUCAGUAGUCAGGUUCUGAAUCUGCAACUUGGUAAUUAUUACCUGAAAGGUUCUUCAGCCGUUGUAUCUUUUUGAAGAUAGAUGUUUCAGGAGCUAUGAGAGGUGAGAUUAUCUUGGCUCUUCAUGUAUCAAAUGGUGGAAGAGUAAAUUCUGGAAAAGGAGACAUGUAGGGUACCAACACUCAAAAUGAAGAACCACGUGCUGAUUUUAAAAACGAGAGGAUUAUGUUAAAAUCUGGGCACUUAGUGGCCGAUCAAAGGAAUACUUGAACUAAGUGUGGCUUUAGCUUAGCACUCUUUCAUGGUGGAAGCGAACCACCUGGUUGAAAAUAAUCUGUGGAUUACUUUUCAGGAGUCAUAUAUGUCUUCACUUACUCAUUCACGUGUGUAGCUUGUUUCAGUUGGGAAGUUAUAACCAGACACAAACUUGAGCUCUUCAAUAAAAACUUUUGGGGGCACUGUAUCCCUGUACUAGUGCACUGACUGAACUUCUAGGCCAGACAGAAGCUUGGCUCUUUCACAACAAUUUUUUAGGCAUGUAUGUCUCAAUAUGAUGUCUUUGGAACAAGAGAAAGAUAGUGCCGAGUAAUUUGUAUCUAUUCUUACUGUUUGGACAAUUACUUCCCUUUAGUUAUAUGUUUCUUUUUUCCCCCAGAGUCACCAAAGCCACAUGAGAUAGCUAAAGUCAUUUUUGAGAUGCCUGUAGAGAAUGAAAGUAUUAACUUCAUUACAGGGAAAAUGGAUUUCUCUGGGUGGUUCCCAACAAACCUACAUUGGGGUACCAGUGUACUUACCUGGGGUUUUUGAAAAAAGGAUUUAUGAAGUGUCUGGCUGUGAGCAAGAGUCACUGGAUAUUAAACUUGAAGACUUGUUCUCUGUUAAAUUCACAAAAAUGAUCAGUGGCAAGCUGAAUGUUCUUGUGAUGUUAUUUAAAACUUGUACUUCAUAAACAUACCUCAAAGGAAAUUAACAAAGUUGCUUUAUAGAUUGAACAUGUAUGCAUGCAGAAUUCAAUUAAUUGCAUUUCAGCCUGUUAAUGUAAAUUGAUACCAAUAAAACCCAAAAUG